GGUGAGGCAGCUCUCUCGACUCGAGCAUCUACGUCCAAAACUACAUCCCCAACCAACACCAUGCAUCGUGCUCUGCAGAUCUCAGAAAUUCUGGUAGUGAUCCUACGGGCUGCUGACAAGAAGUCCAAAUUGCGUACAGCCGCUGCCAUGGCUUGCACGUGUUGGACGUUCUGUGAGCCUGCCAACGACGUCCUUUGGGAAGCCUUGCCUUGUCUUCUUCCGCUUCUCAACUGCUUGUCCGGUGAUGCGCCGGCAGAUUCUGAACGUCAUUUGGUGAGUCCGCGUCCGCCUAAUACAUAAUACAACUUGCGUGUUCAUGCCAUCUCGCUGCAGGAAGUGACUCGUGAACCGGGCGGCGAACAGGGGGCUCGGUUCCUGAAGCAUGCUGCUCGCGUCAAGUCUUUGAUCCUGACGGAUAAAGACUCGAAACACUUCAGGAAGCACCUGCGCACGAUUUUGUUCAUGCGCUCGCGCUCAGCGCUCGCGAUCUUCCC